UGCCACUGGUGACUUGAAUCCUCCCUGCUUCAGAUAACUGAUCAUUCUCAUCUUCCGCCCCCAAUUUUUUGGACGUUCAUCUGUCGUUCAGCAAUGUAGGAGAAGUGACGGCGUCAUUUCAGCAAUGAGGACGCCGACUACAUGCCCUGUUUUGGCUCUCCGCAUCUCGCAUCUUUGCCUUUCCUGCCGGGGCGGCUAAAAUGAGAGGUCUGCGUGAAGGCAAAGUUUGAGGGUACCUCUUUUGGUUUCCCGCUCACCUGUCCGCCUGCACGCGCCUACCCCUCUCCUUUUGACUGGCGAGGAGGAAGAGCAAAUCAUCGCCAACUGAAGAACUGACGAACAACUUCAAAGAGACCUGAUUAUUGUUGUGGUAUUUUUAGUGGGAUUUUGGCAGCGAAUUUUUUUUUUCUUUCUUUUUUUUUUUCCUUUCUUUUUUUUUUUUGGAGGAAUUUGAUGUGCGCAACGCAGAAGGAUAUGGCUUAAAUGAUGUUUGCGCUGACAGCUGGAGUAAGGUCCGUAACUUGAGUGUUUUCUUUUGUAUCAGCAAUUGUCGUCUUUGGUGGAAAACCCAUCCAAAUGGGAGGAUACCUGGAGGACUGAGUCGGUUUCGACAGUCGAGAAAAAAAAAUGUGGAUAAAACGGAGUGUUGCGCGCAGUCCGUCUGCUUUGCGGCCAGGCAGCUGUGUGGGGCACCGGGUGUGGAUCCUACUAGCUAUGACUCACCUUACCUUGGACUUCUCUGUGUGCAGCCCCAUCGGUCAGGGUCUGGGGAUCAAACUCACGCCUAAAUCGGUGCCUCGCUCACGGCCUCGCUUGCAGCCCCUCUGGGAUAAGCCUAACAUGCUUCACUGGAGAACAGUGAGCCCGUUAGCCCACCGGCUCCUCAGCCCUGUUCCUCCACCCCAAGACAGCAGGGCAGGGAUAGUGCCAAAAGUUAAAGGUCAAAAGCAUUGGAAGCCAGCACAUAAAGGACAAGCGGCCUGUAAGGAUUGCCGGCUGAGAUACUCUCCAAAAGAGACAGGCGAUCCUUUGGCUGUAAUAGCAAAAGCUCCAGUGGCUUUAUCAAGCGGGAGGUUGUUAAUUAGAACCAGGAGGCAGCUCAAAUGGGACAGCUAUGACAAGUCUCAGGAGGGCCGGACUACCACAGCUGGAUAUAUUGACUGGGGACCCACGGGGACCGAUAACAUAGAUGAGGAAAAAACAGAGCCAAACGUAACGCUGUCCACCAGGGCCGCAACUACUACAGUGGCCACAACCACUAGCAGUACAACCAGGCACAGGACGUUCACUGUGGUGACCACAACAGAGGCCAAGAGCACCACCAAGUCCCCUAUCAGCAAGCCGGAGACUGUCAAACCACCAAAGCCAUAUGGGGACACACCAGGUUUGGCAGUUCACCAGAUAAUCACAAUCACUGUGUCUCUCAUUAUGGUUAUCGCGGCCUUGAUCACAACACUCGUCCUUAAAAACUGCUGUGCGCAGUCUGGAAAUGGUCGCCACAAUAGCCAUCAGCGAAAGAUCCACCAGCAAGAAGAAAGCUGCCAAAACCUGACAGACUUCACCCCAGCUCGGGUUCCCAGCAAGGUGGACAUAUUCACUGCCUACAAUGACAGCCUACAGUGCUCACAUGAGUGCGUUCGGACUGCUGUGCCCAUCUACACUGAUGAGAUGAUCCAGCAGACGCCCGUCUACAAGACUGCGUAUAACGGAAACAGGCCCUCCCCCACUGAAAGACAACUGAUUCCUGUGGCCUUUGUGUCAGAGAAGUGGUUUGAGAUCUCAUGUUGACGAGCUGAAGGCCUUGUUCAUGUUCUGUGGGUGGAAGAGACUUCAUGAAUUCACGCUUUGGUGGG